ACAUGUAAACAAAAUAUUUUGAGGUUAUCGUUAACGAAACGACUCAAAAAUCUUUAUUUAUUACUGGUAAUUAUUGCCAGUCUCUGUUAUUGCAAUUGAAUGGAUUGAAUUCACCGUCAUUAAGAUGCCAUCUGUGUUUAUGGUGGCUGAAAAGCCAUCCUUAGCUGCUUCAUUAGCAAAUAUUUUGAGCAAUGGAAAAUGUUCAACUAGAAAGGGUUUCAAUGCAGCUUGUUCAAUCCAUGAAUGGAGUGGAAAUUUUCUAAAUAUUCCCUCUCACUUCAAAAUGACUUCAGUUUGCGGACAUGUCAUGGGUGUUGAUUUCAUCAGUAAAUAUAACAAUUGGGAUCGAGUGGACCCCGUGGAACUCUUUUUGUGUCCUAUAGAAAAAAAAGAGGCGACACCUAAAUUAAAAAUGCCAGCGUUUUUAGCUGCUGAAGCUAAGGGAUGCGACUACCUUGUUCUUUGGUUAGAUUGCGACAAAGAAGGAGAGAACAUCUGCUUCGAAGUGAUGAAUGCUGUUUCAAAAUCAAUGAAAGGCAAUGUUUAUUCGAAUAGUGUAACCUACAGAGCUAAAUUUUCAGCCAUUACAGAAAAGGAUAUAAAAGAUGCAUUCAAUAAUUUAUCUCAUCCAAAUGAAAAUGAGGCAAGAAGUGUUGAUGCUCGACAAGAACUUGACCUGAGGAUUGGUUGUGCUUUCACAAGGUUUCAAACUAAAUUUUUUCAAGGCAGAUAUGGGGAUUUGGAUUCCUCCUUGAUAUCCUAUGGCCCCUGCCAGACUCCCACUUUAGGUUUCUGUGUUCAAAGACAUGAUCAGAUUCAGACUUUCAAACCCGAGACCUACUGGGUGGUACAAGUGAAUGUUGUUACUAAAGAUAACCAAAAAGUCUCCUUGGAUUGGUCUAGAGUUCGUUGUUUUGACAAAGAAGUCGCCAAUAUGUUUUUACAAUUGGUCAAAGAUCAGAACCAGGCUAAGGUGGAGAGUGUUGUUUCUAAGGAAAAAACUAAAGCUAGGCCGGUAGCUUUAAAUACUGUGGAACUGAUGCGAAUUGCGAGUUCUGGGUUGGGAAUGGGUCCACAUCAUGCUAUGCAAAUUGCGGAAAGAUUAUAUACUCAAGGUUAUAUCAGUUACCCUAGGACAGAAACAACAAGUUAUCCUGCCAAUUUUGAUUUGAUGGGGGUUUUGAAGCAGCAGCAACAUAGUGACGAAUGGGGGUCGGACGUUAGAGAAUUGUUGAAGAAUGGGAUGAAUAAGCCCAAACAGGGCAAAGAUGUUGGUGACCAUCCACCCAUAACACCAAUGAAACUGGCUUCGAGAAGGGAGCUUGAUGGAGAUGCCUGGCGAUUAUAUGAUUAUAUUGCGCGUCAUUUUAUAGCCACAGUUUCUAAAGAUUGUAGAUACAUGUCCACAACGAUAACUUUAUCGAUCAACGAGGAGGUUUUUACAGUAACCGGCAAAACUUUGAUCGAUCCCGGGUAUACGGCAGUGAUGAUCUGGCAAGCGUUUGGUAAGAACGAAUUCGUACCAAGUUUCACCGUGAACGAGAUGGUGAGCGUAGCGGAUGUCAAACUGGGCGAAUAUCAGACUAAUCCACCAGAUUAUCUCACCGAAUCGGAGCUCAUCACCCUCAUGGAGAAACACGGCAUCGGCACAGACGCUUCCAUACCGGUCCACAUCAACAACAUAUGCCAGAGGAAUUACGUACAAGUUAUUCCCGGGAGAAAAUUGAAACCGACGACUCUUGGUAUCGUUCUGGUGCACGGUUAUCAAAAGAUUGAUCCAGAGUUAGUUUUACCUACCAUGCGAUCAGCAGUCGAAGAACAACUGAACUUGAUUGCCGCCGGAAAGGCGAACUUCAAUGCGGUACUCAAGCAUACCGUGGACAUAUUCCGUUUGAAAUUUCAGUAUUUUGUCAAAAAUAUCGACGGUAUGGAUCAGCUUUUCGAAGUAUCUUUUUCUCCGCUUAGCGCUACCGGAAAAGCACAUUCAAGAUGCGGGAAAUGCAGAAGGUACAUGAAGUACAUACAAGCUAAGCCGCAAAGGUUGCACUGUUCCCAGUGCGAUGAAACUUACAGUUUGCCCCAAAACGGCACCGUCAAACUUUUCAGGGAAUUGAAAUGUCCACUGGACGAAUUCGAACUUUUGUGUUGGACGAUGGGCAACAAGGGAAAAAGUUUCGUGUUCUGUCCGUAUUGCUACAACCAUCCACCAUUCAAAGAUAUGAAGAAGGGAAACGGGUGUAACUCUUGUACCCACCCAACCUGUCCCUACAGUAUGAACUCAAACGGAAUAUGCAAUUGUUCUAAUUGUGAUUUUGGAGUACUCGUUUUAGACCCGUCUUCAGGCCCUAAGUGGAAGAUUGGAUGUAAUAGGUGUGAUACGAUCAUUAGUUUGUUCGAUGAUGCGCAGAAGAUUUCGGUUCAAGAGGAGUGCUGUGAGGAGUGUGGGUCUCAGACAGUCAACGUCGAGUACAAGCAGGAGAAAACCAAGCUACCGAACAACGCUUUAUGCAUGAAAGGAUGCGUAUUUUGCAGUUCAGAGUUUGGAAAAUUGGUUGAUAAGCCAAAGACCGCAGUCGCUUCAAGGCCGAGGGUUUUCAGAGGUGGCAAGACUGGUGGCCGAGGUAGGGGUAAAGGAAGGCCGAAACAGCCGAAGGAUAAGAUGGCGCAACUUGCCGCCUAUUUUGUUUGACGUUACCAAUGAUUGAAUUAAUUGAGAUUAUCGAAUCGGGUCUUUGAUUAGAAUAAUGUAAAAAUGAUUUGAUUACACAUUAAAUUAUUAACUGAU